CUUACCCCAAUCCGUCGUGGUUGAGCUUGAGGUUCUCGAUGGUGAUGUUGAGUUCGUUGAAGGCCCUAUAGGGCAGGUCGUCCAGCUUGCUGAAGGAGAUCUUAAGCGAGACGCGGUCCUCCGGCGCGAAGUGGCCCUUGAGGAGGCGCACCACCUGGUCGUAGGAGGUCAUCUUAUCGCAGUGGAUCGUGGUGAGCUUGGUGGAGUCCAUGCGGCAGGUGCAGGGGGCGAUCUCCUUCCACAUGGGGCAGUGCGGAAUGCCCACCGAGAGGCCCAGGAUGGAGAGCAGCAGGGCCGACAUGGCAAAGGUUGUCAUCGAUCACUUUAGGAGGCCCUUGGUGUUGGCUUUGAGCCGGUCAAUGUGUGACUGAGUGACGGUGGCGCCUAAAUUUUCUUGAGUGGAGCGCGGCGCCACUGCCCGCCAUAUAUCUCAUCUCUAUCGGUGUCCCCGGGGUACAACGUGUGUGCAACUCCACCAAGAUAAUUAGAUGCAUUGCGUUCGAACCAACGGCCAGAACGAGAUUUAUUGCGAGGAGGACGUGGCGCCCGACGAGCGACUGCCAGCACUUCCUCAUUUAGCUUGGCGCCGAAGACGGCAACUGUUACGGGGCGGAGGCCCUUGCACACAACUAGUGCUCAGUUUUACUUAAUUUUGUCAAAACAUUUCACAAGUGGUAAGUGCAAAUUUAUUGCAAAAGUUACUUUCACGUUUUUAGAAUAAUCGACAAAAAAUGUGAAUCUACUUGUGGAGUUACGUUUUUAUGGAAAUUGUCUACAAGUGUGAUCAUCCCAUGUGUUUCAAAAAUAACUGAAAAUGAACCAAGGAAUUGGAAUUGGUUUUAACCAACUUUAAUAACACUUUUGUAAAACUGGUUGCCUGCAUCAAUUAUUAAGUUGACACUUCUACAUUUUGACACUUCAGGGAAUUCACAUUCCAUUUAAAAAAAUGCGUCUUGAACAGCUUGAAAACGAAAACCCAAACAUUUAUAACAAAACCAGUGACCGACUAAUCACAGCUGAAGAACAAGACGAUAAUGUCGUAGACGAAUUCGACCCCCGAGAGAUUUUCGAUUUGAUUAGAAAUAUUACGGAUCCGGAGCACCCCCUGACUCUAGAAGAGCUCCACGUCGUCCAAGAAAGCUUGAUUCAAGUUGACAAUGCAAAUAAUACGAUUUUUGUUAAUUUUACUCCAACUAUACCACAUUGUAGUAUGGCCACAUUAAUUGGGCUUUCAAUUCGGGUUAAAUUGCUCCGAUGUUUACCGGCUAGAUUCAAAGUGAGGGUGGAGGUCACCAAAGGGACACAUAAUGCGGAAAAUUCUGUAAAUAAGCAACUGGCGGAUAAAGAGAGAGUUGCAGCGGCUUUGGAAAAUCCUUACUUGAUUCAGGUUAUUAACCAGUGUAUUUCCAACAGGAAACGCGGAUGAAUUAUGAAUUGUACAUAAAUAAAUUAUAUUAUAAGAGAAAA